UAUCAAUGUAUAGGGUAUAUUUUGGUAUAACUAACUGUUCAGAGUAAAUUAGUAAAUGUUGAACUUAAAUCUGCGGUCACACUGCGUUCGCCACUUUCAGAUUCAUUCGGGUAUGUGUAUACGACGCGUGUGUGUGUGUGUGAGUGUGUAUGCACACAGUUUAAUUUAUAGUGAUUUUGUGAGGAAAUUUAAUCAGGUUAUCAAAGUAAUCGUUUUUCUAAACGGUUUGUGAGCAAGCAGGCGUCGGCUUAUUCAGAAUAUACAGGUAUUUCAGAACAUGGCGUCCAACUAGAUUCCAAAACACUUUCACUUACCCUCAGCUGCUUUAAUCGGACUCAUCGCGGGCGAAGAGAAAAGCAAAAGUGUCUUUGGUGUACCAGAAAAAAAAACACAAAUACGUAAAGCACCAAUGUGUCAAUGAGUGUUCGUGUUUUGUUUUGUGACCACAUAACUGUGAUUCACCUCAAUUAACAGUAAAAAUAUAACGGUAGAUAAAGAUUAAAUCGCCACCUUAAAAGAAAGAAACAUUCAUAGUACAAGAAUAACAGCGAGCUCAACGUCUAAUCACGGCGUUAGCAACGGAAUAGAGCUAAUUAUUACGCCCACGCAAGGCGAGGCGAGGCCAAAGACGAUUCGAUCAUCGAGACGAGACGGCAUUAAGUCUGUCUGCGUAACAAACAAUAUAGCAUGGGCAACGACGACAAUCGUCGGCGGAAGACACCUUGCGGCUGUUGCAUGUCUGUGUUCAAGUGGAUACCCGUGCUCUUCAUCUUCGCCGUGAUCGGCUGGUCCUACUACGCCUAUGUGGUGGAGCUAUGUGUUCUAAACACGGAAAAUCGGGUUGCCAUGAUAUUCAUGCUGUUCUUUUAUCAUAUCACACUGAUACUAUUCCUCUGGUCGUAUUGGAAAACCAUUUCAACAUCAGUAGGCCGCGUGCCGGAUCAUUGGCGCAUACCAGAUGAGGAGGUCAAUCAUUUGUUCCGUGCCGACAAUCCAGAGACACAAAAACGUAUUUUAAAUAAUUUUGCGCGUAAUUUACCGGUUACAAAUCGCACAAUGAAUGGCUCGGUGCGUUUUUGUGAUAAGUGCAAGAUCAUCAAACCGGAUCGGUCGCAUCAUUGCAGCGUCUGCAGUUGCUGUGUCCUCAAAAUGGAUCAUCAUUGUCCCUGGGUGAACAAUUGCGUUAACUUUUUCAAUUACAAAUUCUUUGUAUUGUUUCUGGGCUACGCAUUGAUCUACUGUUUGUACGUUGCAUUCACCACGCUGCACGAUUUCAUUCAAUUCUGGCAGACCGAAAACCAAUUAUCGGAACAGGGACAACUCAAUGGCAGCGGCAUGGGUCGCUUUCACAUCCUAUUCCUAUUCUUCAUCUCGAUUAUGUUUGCCAUUAGUUUGGUGAGCCUCUUCGGCUAUCACAUCUACUUGGUGCUCGUCAAUCGCACCACUUUGGAAUCGUUUAGAGCGCCCGUCUUUCGCAUUGGCGGACCGGAUAAGAAUGGGUAUAAUCUGGGACGUUAUGCAAACUUUUGUGAGGUGUUUGGCGACGACUGGCAGUAUUGGUUUCUGCCCAUCUUUACCAGUAAGGGUGAUGGAUUGAGCUAUCCGACGGCCACAGAGCAGACGGGCAACCAGAGUUACGAUGCGAUGGGCCACACCAAUCACAGCACCGCCAACAGCUUUGGCGAUGGUAUUAGUUAUCCGAUUCGACAUCUAGAGGAAGAUACCGAAUCCCUACUGGGAUAUCACAGCGAUACACGCAUCGAACUGGAAGAGGACUUUCUGACAGAGGGACGCUUUCAGGACUCCAUCAUUCCAUAGCUAAUCAUGACCAGCGAUAAUGUGGCCACAUAUUACAUUUAGAGAACGUGAAUGAGAUCAAUCUUUGGCUUAGAAUGAACAAACUUCAAUGUAAAUACGGACAGCAGAAAUUUAAAAGUGGCGUAUGUGUGUCUCUAGUUUACUAGAUAUUUACUUAGUCAUAUAAUAUACAUAUUUUGUACUAGUUGAUAUAUAUAUAUAUAUUAAGUUAAAACUGUAUGAUAUAAGCGCACCAUAGUUAUCAAAUUCUUUGUGUCUUAUGUUGACAGUGCAAGUGACUUGACUGAAUAACACGCCUAUUACUCGUAUAUAUGUAACACAAAAUGCCAAUAGCUGCUUAUCUGCCUAUGUAUAUCAAUCGCUGCUAACCACCAGAGAUGCAACCAAAUCAUUCCACAAUGCGAGUAUUGUAUUAAACGAUAGAGUAGGAGAAAAUUCCAAAAAAAAACAUAAUUGUAUAGAUGCAUAAGUCAAAA